CUCCCCCAUCGCCUGUAUGGGCAGGGCCUGACCGGGUAUAAAUAGGUCAGACUGCUGGGCUCUCCCCAAACCUCUCUUCUCUGCACUUCCUCUCUCUUGGUCUGGUCUUUACUGCUGCCAUGGCAUCACCUCUGGAGAAGGCCCUGGAUGUUAUGGUGUCCACCUUCCACAAGUACUCAGGCAAAGAGGGUGACAAAUUCAAGCUCAACAAGUCAGAGCUAAAGGAGCUGCUGACCCGGGAGCUGCCCAGCUUUCUGGGGAAAAGGACGGAUGAAGCUGCAUUCCAGAAGCUGAUGAGCAACUUGGACAGCAACAGGGACAAUGAGGUGGACUUCCAGGAGUACUGUGUCUUCCUGUCCUGCAUUGCCAUGAUGUGUAACGAGUUCUUUGAAGAUUGCCCAGAUAAGCAACCCCGGAAGAAGUGAAGUCUCCUUAGAUGGGAUGUGUGUGGGGGGCUGCCUAUUGGCAGUGAGCACUGUGCUGCAACCCUACUCUUUCAGACAUGUGCUCCAUGCUGAGCAAGGUCAAUAAAGAUUUUUGAA